GUGCCGCCAGGGGGGCGCAGGUGUGGACGCGGCCGGUCCACGUGGUGCGAGUGGAGCCUAAAAAGCCGAGCAGAGAGAAGACGUCAGUGUGAUGCUCGCACGGCCAGCAUGUCUCUGUACCGCAACCUGGCCUGGUUCCUCCAGGGAAUGACCCAGUUCACCAGAAAUGCUUUCCUAUCAGCCUCCAAGCGCUUUGCGGAGAAGGACCUGGAGGUGUCUUUGGCGGGACGAGCCUUCAUGAUAACUGGAGCCAACAGUGGCAUCGGGAAGGCCACGGCCAUGGCUGUUGCUAAGAGAGGUGGGACAGUCCACAUGGUGUGUCGGAACAAGGACAAGGCUGAAGAGGCGAGGGCUGAUCUUGUCAAGGAGACGGGAAACAAAGAGAUCUACGUCCACAUCCUGGACAUGUCUGAGACCAAGAAGGUGUGGGAGUUUGCCGACGCCUUCAAGAGGAAGUACAAGACUCUAAAUGUCCUGAUCAACAACGCAGGGUCGAUCAUGAGUCAGAGGGAUGUGAACACGGAGGGUCUGGAAAAGAGCUUUGCCACCAACGUCCUCGGGGUUUACAUUCUCACCAAGAGUCUCAUUCCUUUGCUGGAAAAGAGCGCAGAUCCCAGAGUGGUUACGGUGUCAUCAGGGGGGAUGUUGGUGCAGAAGCUCAGGAUAGGAAACCUGCAGUCAGAGAGAGGUCGCUAUGACGGCACCAUGGUCUACGCCCAACACAAGAGGCAGCAGGUGGUGAUGACGGAGCAGCUUGCAAAGAUUCACACAAACGUCCACUUCUCUGUCAUGCAUCCAGGAUGGGUGGACACUCCUGCUGUGGCGAAUGCCAUGCCUGACUUCCAUCGCUCGAUGAAGGACAGCCUGCGAACCCCGGAGCAGGGCGCUGACACCGUAGUGUGGCUGGCUGUGUCCGAGGCUGCCACCGCCAACCCCAGCGGACGUUUUUAUCAGGACCGCAGGAUGGCGGCCACUCACCUGCCGUUGGCCUGGACACACAGUUCCCCUCUGGAGGAGCAGAAGCUCAUCUCCGCACUGGACGACUUGGCCAAGAUGUUCCAGCCGCACUGAAGCAGAAGACACCAGCCCGCUUUCACCAGGCUAACCAAUAACACUGAGCAAGGCCGCAGCCAGCGGACAAACAGCUGCGUCCCCACCUGAGAAUCAUCAUGAUUGUAUCAUAGAAUAGAAUAUUGCGUUCCAUAUCGGCUUGUAACGUCAUAAGGAUUAAAACUAUUACUAAAUGAGAGUUUGAUGAUGUUCUUACAGAGAGCAUUGCACACACACACCGUGACUUUUUAAAAAGUAGUCAAUCAGAUGGGAAUCUGAUUGGACCAAAGUCACGGCCGCUGUUCACUGGUGCAGGGAUCAACCUCCUUGUCGUGUAGCUAACACGUGUAACUAACAUCUACUGUGUGUUGUAUGUUGCGUUUUUGUCGUGUUGCAGUGUAGCGGGUUGAUCUCCAGCAGGAGGUGAAGUGCUCUCUCUACGGCAGGGGUGUCCAAAUGGUGGAAAAUCAAAGGAUGCGGGGUCCAUUUUGAUGUUUGGAAUUGUAUAAAAAAAAUCAAACUAAAAAAAAAGUGUACUGUAGAUAUGCGAUGAAGUUAUACACACAACAGCUGCAUCUCAGCUUUGGAUGACAGGUGACAAAGCGUAUUUCUCUUAUUAUAACAAGUGCAUUUUCAUCACUUUUUUAGUUUCUUCUUAUUUUUGUUAGUCAAUCUGACAUGUGCUAAGGAUGAACCCAUUCUUUUCACUACAAAUUAAAACGUUUCUUGUUGCAGUCCACUUGCCUUCAUUUUCCAAAAAGGCUAAUCCAAUGUAGAUAUGCUACGUUCAAUAAAACACAGUAGUGUACCAAUAUUAUUCUUUGUUUCCCAUUUUUGCUGUUUUUCUUUUUGUUUAAUGGGCCACCAAAAACAAUCUAUGGGCCGCACCUUGAACAUCCCUGCUCCAUGGGCUUUAAAUGACGUGCAUUGAUUAAUAUUAUCUGUACUCACUGGGAUUUGAGCUUCCAAAUGCAUUCUCAAAUAAAAUCAUAAAAAU